AUGACGGGCGCGGAGAACCCGCUGGGCCAGCCGCAGAGCCGGCGGCGGCAGAAGGCGAGCAUCUACCACCAGCGCGGCGCGCGCGAUGCGCCCGCGAUCAAGCGCAAGCCGCCCCCGCCGCCGGCCGUGGAGCCGCGGGGCCUCACGCAGCUCGCGCGGUCGCGGCGGCGGAGCUCGGCGGGCCGCAUGGACCACGCCGAGGCGAAGCGGCUCCACGAGGCGGCCUUCACGCCCGGCCCGCCGACCUACAGCCUGCCGAGCCCGGGCCCGUCCGGCGGGCGCCUCGCGUGCCGGUCGACGUCGACGUGGCUCAGCGAGCGCAUCGAGGACAACGCGUGGGUGCCCGGCCCCGGCGCGCACCUGCAGCAGCUGACCCUCGUCGAGCCGAGCCUGGACCGGACCGGGUCCCUCUUCGGCUCCGGCGACCGCGCGCUCUUCUCCGCGGACGCGAACCCCGGCGCGGGCGCGUACGACGUCGAGGCCGCGGAGCGCGCGAUGGGCGUCGGCGACGUCACGCUCGCGAAGAUCGCGCGCCACGCGAGCCGCUUCCACGACGACGAGGUCGAGGAGCAGCGCCUCGCCGUGCUGCCGUCGCCCUUCGACUACGCGCCUCCGUCCGUCGCGAGCUCCAGGGACCUCGACGAGCGCAAGCGGCCGGGCGUGCGCGUGCGGGGCCGCGAGGGCGCGCGGUCCGAGGUCGACGAGAUGAUCAAGGCCCAGUGGUGGACGCCGGGCGUCGGGUCCUACGGCGGCAUCGCCUUCGAGGGCUCGACGAUCGGCGCGGCGCUCGACCGCCACCCGCGGUCCAAGGCGUCGGACCACGAGUCCCUGGGGCCGGGCCCCUACAUCGACGUCAGCGACGCCUACCGCACGACGCUCCACGACCUGAGCAGCGUGCGCCUCCGCGAGGACUCCGGGCCCGCGCGCGACCGGAGCAGGGUCCUCCUCGCGAGGAAGCGCGCGCUCGGCCGGUCGCCGGGGCCGGCCUACGACACGUCCGCGGCGUACCUCGCGACGGCGCGGUCCGUGCCCGGCCUGCUCCUGCGGCCCCAGCACCUCGUGGCGUCGAAGCUCGACGAGAAGCGCGCGCGCGCGGCGCCGGACGCCGCGGACGCGUCCGCGUACUUCGCGCGCUUGCGGCGAAGCGCCGCGCCGGCGCCCGCGCCCGCGCCGGCGCCGGCCGCGCGGCCCAAGGCCGCCAUCGACCUCACGCAGCAGGUCCACGUCGCCGCGGUCGCGGGCAAGGGCGCGGUCGCCGACUCGUUCGCGUACCUCGCGUCCGCGACGACCGCGAAGCGGGACUACGCGAACCGCAACGUCCGCCAGACGAAGGCGGACGUCGUGGCCAAGAAGCCCGUCGCGUUCGUCCCGCCGCCCCUCCCCAACGCGCCCCAGGCCACGGCGUCGCGCGCGACGGCGACGGCGGGCAAGGCGUCGGCGAAGGAGUACGAGCGGCGCUACCUCGCGGCGUUCCGCGCCUGCCGCGACGCGGAGCUCGCCUACGGCAUGGAGGCCAUCCCCGCGCGGCGGGCCGUCGGCGACGACGCGACGGACGUCGCGUUCUCCGCGCGUAUCCCGGCCCGGCCGACGCGGUCGAGCGAGCGCGAGCGCGCGGACCGGCUGGCGGAGGCGCUGCGGACGCCGGAGCUCGGCCGCCAGGACCCGCGCUUCGUCCCCGACGAGGAGCGCUUCUGGUCCGCGCACGUCUACGACGUCUACAAGCCGCCGCGCUCCGACACGAUGAACGACGACCGGCGGAAAGCCGCGACGCCGACGCGCGCGGCGCGCGGCGACGGCGACGCGCGCGGCCCCGACGACGGCCUCGACUUCACGGCCGACGGCGACGACGGCCGCCUCUCGGACUCGAAGUGGCGCAAGCUCCUCAAGAACUCGCGCUUCAUCGGCGCCGGCGCGAACGCCGCCGUCGACGAGCACGGCGUCGUCCUCCCGCCGAAGCGGCGCAACGCGAAGGAGCUGUUCCGCGAGUCCGCCUACAAGAUCUCGCGCGGCGGGCGCGCUUACGGCGACGCGUAUGUGCGGAUGCGCACCCUCAGCGAGCGCACCGCCGCACUGGAGUCGCUCGGUGGACUGGAGUCGCUCGCCCAGCGCGUCGCCGCGCUCGAGGCGCGGCCGGCAGCCGGCGCCGCGCUCGAAGCGCCCGGCGCCUACGACGACGCAACGCUGCGGAAACGCGUCGACGCGCUCGAGCGGGCCGCGCGCGACGACGCCGCGCUGGCGGAGCGCCUCGACGCGCUCGAGCGGGCCGCGGCCGCGAUGGCCGCGCGCGGCGACGGCAUCGAGGCGAGGCUCGCGUCCGGCUUCACGACGUCGGCGCCCGAGGAGGCCGGCGACGCCGUUUCCGAGGAGGCGCCCGAGGAAGCGUCGGCGGAAGCGGCGCCGGAGGAAACCGCUCCGCCCGACGAGGAGGAAACCGCUCCGCCGGAGGAGGAGGACGCCGCUCCGCCGCAGGAGGAAACCGCUCCGCUGGAGGAGGAGGACGCCGCCGCGUCCGCGUCCGCCGCCGCGUCCGCGUCCGCCGCCGCGGUCCGCGCCGCGUGGGCGGCGGCGGCCGAGGCCGAGUCGCGCAUCGAGAUCCCGCCGUUCCCGCGCGCCGCCGUCGACGCGCCGGCGCCCGCGGACGAGCGCGGCGCGGCCAUGGCCGCGGCCUUCCUCGCGGCCGGCGACUCCUACGCCGCGCGCGGCCAGCCGUCGGACGCCGCGCGCGAGUACGGCAAGGCGCUCAAGCGCGGCGCGGGGCCCGGCGCGCUCGCGAAGCGCGCGGCGGUCCUCGCCGAGGCGCGGCCCGCCGCGGCGCUCGCGGACGCGCUCAAGCGCGGCGCGGGGCCCGGCGCGCUCGCGAAGCGCGCGGCGGUCCUCGCCGAGGCGCGGCCCGCCGCGGCGCUCGCGGACGUCGCCGCCGCCUGCGGCGCGGGCGCCUGCGACGGCGCGGCCGCGGCGGCGCUCCUCGACGGGCUCGACGCGGCCGACGCGGCCGCGGCCGCCGCCGCGCGCGCGCUCCUCGGCCUCGACGACGACGUCCUCGACGACGGCGCGCGGCGCCGCGCCGCGGCCCUCGUCGCGGCCCACGGCGGCGACGACGCGGCGGCCGCCGCGCGCGUCGCCGGCGCGCUCUCGCGCGACGCGGCCGCCGCGUGCGCCGUCUGGCGGCGCCUCGGCGAGCUCGCGCUCCGCGACGCCGACGAGGCCGCGGCGCGCGUCGCGCGCGCGGCGGCGCACGGCCACCGCUGCCUGCCGCCGCGGGACGCGGCCCUCGAGGCCGUCUUCCGCGAGAUCGCCGAGGUCCUCGCGGACGAAGGCGACGCCGACGGCGCGCGCGCGGCCCUCGCCGCCGCCGACGAGCUCCGCGCCGAAAAGGAAGCCGCGGAGGCGGAGGCCGCGGCGGCCGCCGAGGCCGAGGCGCUCGCCUUCGCCGAGGCCGAGGCCGAGGCCGAGGCGCUCGCCGCCGCGGAGGCGGCCGAGGCCGAGGCGCUGGCCGCGGCCGAGGCCGAGGCGCUGGCCGCGGCCGAGGCCGCGGCGCUGGCCGCGGCCGAGGCCGAGGCGCUGGCCGCGGCCGAGGCCGCGGCGCUGGCCGCGGAGGCCUCGACGAGCGUCGCCGACGCGCCCCUCGACGACGCGGCGCCCGAGGAAGCGGCGAUCUUCGAGUUCCACCCGGAGGCCGCCGCCGCGGACGACGAGGACGCGGCGCUCGCGGCCCUCGCGGCCGACGACGGCGGCGCCGCCGCCGACGAGGCCGACGACGACGACGACGCCGCGACGGACGACCUCAUCGCCGAGGCGCUGCGCAAGCUCGCGGGCCUCCCGGCGGACGAGGCCGCCGCCUCGCCGGAGGCGCCGGAGGCGCCGGAGGCCGCCGCGGCGCCGGUCGAGGCGGCUCGCGCGGCGGCCGCCGCGCCGGGCCCGGAGGGCCUCGUCGCGUCCGAGGAGACCGUCGCGGAGCUGCGGCGGACGCUGCCACCGCCGCGGUGGAUGCUGCCCCACCGCAAGCGGCCGCCCCCGAGCGACGCCGACUAA